AUGAUCAGAAGGCGCAAAGUACACAGGAAGUCUCGGGAAGGCUGUAUUCAAUGCAAGGAGAGACACGCUAAGUGUAACGAGGUCCAUCCUCAAUGCUUCCAGUGCGAGCGAUCCAACAUCUUGUGUAGCUUCUCGUCCCCUACCCUGACCCAGACGCCCCUCAACGAGGAUAGUCUAGCUGACCUGGAGCUGCUGGAGCACUGGCACCGGCAUCCAAUCACGGGGGACUUGUCCGAGACCACGAAGCAGAUCCAAUACGACCUUGUCCGUCUAGGCUUCUCUCACCAUUAUUUGCUGAAUAGUAUCCUGGGUCUUACAGCCCUUCAGCUCUACAGUGAAGACCCGUCCCAGUCCAAGUGGUACACUCGCGCUGUUGCACACCAGCAGGCCGCAAUUACCCGAGCCAGGCCUCACUUCGAGUCCCAGAAUCAGACGCAUCAACAAGCCCUGCUGGGAUUUACCGCUUUUACUUCAAUGUAUGCGGUAGCGGAACCUAUCUUUCGCCCUCCUAAAGUCCGCUCUCUGGCAACGUUCGACCCUGUUGAGGAGCUAUUAAAGGCACUCCAAUCUAGCCGGUGUACCUUGAUGUUUGUACAGCAAAACUUCGCCCCAAUAGUCGUCUCAAAAUCGUGGCUUUUCACAAAAUUCGUUGCCAAUAAUCACAAUACUCAACAGGACCUUGAAGUAAGAUAUCCACAGCUUGCAUCUCUCCGGGAACAGAUAGAUCGUUCGUGUGUAGGGGAGCAAAACACAGCAUGCCUUCACGCCGUCAAAGUAUUGUUUCGCCGCAUUGCAAUGCUCUCGGACAACGUCGGAGACCCUGAACCGGGCAAGGUAAUUUGGGGUUGGGGACUCGAGGUAUAUCAGGCCUUUUUAGAUUUAUGUUCUGCGCGACAUCCCGUGGCACUCGUCAUUCUGGCUCACUUUACUGUUUUAAUGAGCUUCUAUAAGGAGCACUGGUGCCUGAGAGACUGGCCAAGCAGUUUAUUGAGAUAUAUCAAGCAGGAUCUCGGAGAAGAAUGGAAAGAGGCUAUGGAAUGGCCAGCUAAUGUGAUCUUUGGGUCAGAAUCUUUACUAUCAUGGGGCUUGCCGCAGCUACUCGUAACAGCAUAA